UCGGUCGCCCACCAAUUCCACCGUCUAAACCCUGCCCUGCCCCUCCUCCUAUCAAACUAUAAAACCACAUUUAGCCACUAGAGAGUAGAGACCGACACACUUAUCUGAACCUGCACACAUAUAUAUAUAUAUGUCAAUACAAUGGAGCCAGAAAACAAUACCGUUACACAACCCAACUUCCCUGUUUCUAAGGAAGAUCAUCCCUUCUGUUUAGUUGAACGUUUCCUGCCCCGUCAACAUCCCACAUUCACCCCAUUAAUCCGCCAGGCAGAGAGCCAUUAUCAAUGGUUAAAGCACCAGCGAACUCAAACCAGCAAUGAGUUACAGCAAAAGAAGACACGUGUUGCGGGGGUAAACUGCAGGAGUAGCUUGAAUGAUGUUACAAAUUGGGCAAUUAAGCGUAAAAAAGGUCUCCAAUGUUUACUGGGAAAAAUUUCAGGGUCGGAAAAUCCUCGACGGCUGAAAGAUGCAGAGACAUGCUCCUCAGUUAACGAGCUUGAUGGCUUUAUUCGGAAGCUGCAUAGCAAGUUGCAGCAUGGGAGCAAUAAACGAGCUGAGGAGAAGAAUCUGUUUGAAGAAAUAAAAAAUGCAGAAUUAAGAAGACAAGAUCUCAUAGCUGCUGCAAACAAAACCCCGCAGGCUUCCAGUAGGGAAGAAAGAGUUCAAAACAUAGUCCAGGAAAUUGAGCAAUUGAAGACGGAAGACAUGGCAUUCAGGACUCAACUGCAGCAAUAUCGCAGAGAUCUUAUGGCGACAGAGAAAGAUAUCAGACGUUUGGAGAAGAAAUUGACGGAUCUAAACGUCAAGAAAGCUCAAGUGUUUCAUCGCAUUCUUCAACUCAAGAAGAUUAGGGAUGCAGAAGCAGAAACAUGAAUAUAUGUAGUACGAUUUUUUUUUUUUUUUUUUAUAGAAUUACUCAAACAAUAUCAAUUUCAAUCGAGUGUUAUAUUUAGACAUUUAGUUAAUUGCCAAAAGGUUUGAUUCUUCA